AUGGCAUCCUCGUCCGUCGCACUGCACCAGCGAAUUCUGGCCAAAGCAUGCCCAGAUCCCCAGAUGACAUCACUUCUUCUCCAGAAAUUACCACCAGAGAUCCGAUAUGAAAUAUUCUCUUACGCACUGACAGAUUACCCCGACCCCGAUCCAGAUAGGGCUUAUGGUACAUCAACUCUCUACACCCGCCCGUCCUACUUAGCACCCCGCAAGAGCGACACGGCGCUGCUGCAGACAUGCCGGGCCAUCUAUCUCGAAUGCUGGUUUCUUCCGUUCCUCCUCCGUGAGCAGGUCCAUUGGGUCGUGGGGAACCAGCAUAGAGCGCCGCCAGGUUACCGCUUCCACGAGCAGUUGGCAAAGCUCGCCUUUAGUCUGCACACGAUCAGGGCCCAGCAGCAGCGAGAUUUUGAGAUUGAAAGGCUCCAUGUAUUUGCGCAAAUGUUCAUGAUUGAGGGUGGGCACCUUCAUAAGCUGCUGACCACCCCAGAGCUUCGCCCUCGUGUCGUCACGUUGACUAUUCGGCACGCAGAUUGGUGGUUUUGGGAGAACGACGAACCACUGCGCUUUGAAGGGGAAUGGAUCAAAGUUGUAUCUGGAUCGGUGCCGUCUAGCGUGGGCGAAAUCAGGAUUGAGCUCGAGUCGCUUGAGCGCAAGAAGUCCCAGGUCGACGAGAUAGCAAGACAAAUGAAGGACAAGUGGUCCUUCCGCAGAACCGAUGGCGAGGUUCUUUUCGCUGCAGAGAGUGCUGUGAGCCGGUGGAGAGGCACAAGCCGGUGGGGUCAACAGAGAUGGAUUCGUGACGAGACCUCGGAAGGUGUCAUUGACUAUUAUAUUGUUACGGUGGUAUUUCGCCCAGAUGCCGUGCUUCAGCGUCGGCAGUUGGAGGUCAGCGCCACAGCUCGCGAGUAUGCUGAGAGAAGCAUGAUGGUCGAAAGCGACCAACUGAAGCUUCAUAAUCCUGAAUGGUCAAGGAUUGCUACGGACACAGCCUUCCUUCAUGAGCCUCAACCUGAGUCGGAAUCUGACCAGGAGUCUGAGGAGGAUAUCACGCCACGACCAGGCGGGUGGCUCGAUCGUCUCAGGAGGGUGAGGUUUGGCCUGUGGGCAAGAUGA